CUUUUCGGCCCAGGCCUCUCCGAGCGGCGUGCGUCCGUGUGUGAGGCGAGCGGGAAGGCCGCGCAGCCUCCCCCGAGUUUCCCAUGCAGGAGACCGAGGAGAGCUUAGUAGCGGCGGCCGCGGCCUCCCCUCCCGACGCCCUUUCGGCCGACGCAGAAGGGUCCGGAGGCGGCGGAGGGAGCAGCGGCAACACCACCACCAGCAGCAGCAGCGACUCGGAGGCCGAAAGGCCGCCGGCGGAGUCGCCUCAGGCCCAGCCGGAGCCCCAACCGGCCGGAAAAACCGACGCCGACGAGGCUGCUGAGGGGAAAAAAGAGGAGGAAGAAGAAGAGGAGGAGGAGGAAAAAAGCAGCGGGGACGAAGAAGCCGGAGAGCCGCUUCUUCCCCCUCAGGAACCGCCGGCCGUGAACGAGGAGGAGCCGCCGCCGCCCGCCCGAGAACAGUCGCCGGUAGUCGCCGCCUGUGAGGAGCCGAGGGAAGAAAAGGCCGAGGAGGAAGAAAAAGGAGAGGAGGAGGAAGAAGAAGGGAAGGAGAAGAAAGAGAAAGAAAAGGAGGAGGAAGAAGAAGAAGAAAAAGGAGGAGAGGAGGAAGAGGAGGAGGAGGAGGAGGAAAAGAAGCCGCAGCGGGACUCCGAGCAGGAGCAGCAGCCCCAGUCUCCUUCUUCUCCUCCUCCUCCUGCCCAGCUUCUCCUCCUGCCUCCUCUGGGCCAAGACGAGGACGAGCCCUCCUUCAGCGACCCCGAGGACUUCGUGGACGACGUCGAGGAGGAAGAAUUACUGGGAGAUAUUCUGCAAGAGCUCCCUCAGGAAGCAGAUGGAAUUGAUUCUGUGAUUGUGGUGGACAAUGUCCCCCAGGUUGGACCAGACCGUCUUGAGAAACUGAAGAAUGUUAUCCAUAAGUUUUUCUCAAAGUUUGGGAAGAUAACCAAUGAAUUUUACCCAGAAGCUGAUGGCCAGACUAAAGGGUAUAUCUUCUUGGAAUAUAUGUCUCCCACUCAUGCUCUGGAUGCUGUCAAAAACACAGAUGGUUACAAGCUGGACAAACAGCACACUUUCAGGGUCAAUCUUUUCACUGACUUUGACAAGUACAUGACAAUCAGUGAUGAGUGGGAAAUUCCAGAGAAACAGCCAUUUAAAGAUCUGGGAAAUUUGCGCUACUGGUUGGAGGACGCAGAUUGCAGAGAUCAGUAUAGUGUAAUUUUUGAAUCUGGAGAUCGAACCUCUAUAUACUGGAACGAUGCUAAAGAUCCUGUUACAAUUGAGGAGAGAGCUCGAUGGACAGAAACCUACGUGCGCUGGUCUCCAAGGGGGACCUACCUGGCUACAUUCCAUCAGAGGGGCAUUGCUUUGUGGGGUGGCGAGAAAUUCAAACAGAUCCAGAGGUUCAGCCACCCGGGGGUGCAGCUCAUUGACUUCUCACCUUGCGAAAGGUACCUGGUAACGUUCAGCCCCCUGAUGGACACCCAAGAUGAUCCUCAAGCCAUCGUUAUUUGGGAUAUCCUAACUGGACAGAAGAAACGUGGGUUCCACUGUGAGAGCUCCGCCCACUGGCCCAUAUUUAAGUGGAGUCACGAUGGCAAAUUCUUUGCCCGGAUGACAUCCGAUACUCUUAGCAUCUACGAAACGCCUUCCAUGGGCCUGCUGGAUAAGAAAAGUUUGAAAAUCACAGGGAUCAAAGACUUCUCCUGGUCCCCGGGAGGAAACAUAAUUGCCUUCUGGGUCCCUGAAGACAAAGAUAUCCCAGCGAGGGUGACUCUGAUGCAGCUCCCCUCCCGGCAGGAGAUCCGAGUGCGCAACCUGUUCAACGUGGUAGACUGCAAACUCCAUUGGCAGAAGAACGGGGAUUACCUCUGCGUGAAAGUAGACAGGACGCCAAAGGGCACCCAGGGUGUAGUGACCAACUUCGAAAUCUUCCGCAUGAGAGAAAAGCAGGUUCCAGUUGACGUGGUGGAAAUGAAAGAGAGCAUCAUAGCCUUUGCUUGGGAGCCAAACGGAAGCAAGUUUGCCGUGCUGCAUGGGGAGUCGCCCCGAAUAUCCUGUUCCUUCUAUCACGUGAAGAACAAUGGGAAAAUAGAGCUCAUUAAAAUCUUUGACAAGCAGCAGGCAAACACGAUAUUCUGGAGCCCUCAGGGACAGUUUGUGGUGUUGGCUGGUCUCAGAAGCAUGAAUGGUGCCUUGGCCUUUGUGGAUACCUCUGACUGCACCAUGAUGAACAUUGCUGAGCACUACACAGCCUCGGAUGUGGAAUGGGACCCCACCGGCCGCUUUUUGGUGACAUCUGUGUCUUGGUGGAGUCACAAGGUGGACAACGCCUACUGGCUGUGGACUUUCCAGGGUCGCCUCCUCCAGAAAAAUAACAAAGACCGGUUCUGCCAGUUGCUGUGGAGACCCAGGCCGCCAACUCUGCUCACCCAGGAUCAAAUAAAGCAAAUCAAGAAAGAUCUGAAGAGGUACUCCAAGAUAUUUGAACAGAAAGAUCGCCUGAGCCAAUCGAAAGCCUCCAAGGAACUGGUCGACAGACGGCGAACAAUGAUGGAGGAAUUCAAAAAAUACCGCAAGAUGGCCCAGGAGCUGUACAUGGAGCAGAGGAACGAGCGCUUGGAGCUCCGAGGAGGAGUGGACACGGACGAGCUGGACAGCAAUGUGGACGACUGGGAGGAAGAGACCGUUGAAUUUUUUAUCAAUGAAGAAAUCAUCACAGUUGUAGAGGCAGAGUAAAUCCCAAAGCCGUGCAACACCAUCGAUCGUCCUGAGAAGAGAGUUGUUCCUUUUCAGGAGAUCUCUUCAUCUUUGGAAGUUUUUUAAAUCCGUAUUUUUUUUUCUCUCUGGACGGUGACUGCACAGGAUCCAUUCAUUCUGACAUAACUGUAGUGCCUUUUGGUUCCCGACAUCCCCGCUGGGCUCCCUCGAAAGGCACUGCUUUUAAUUUUGUAUUUCUUUACUGGGAGGGUGGGCGGGUUUCGGUCUAAUUUUUAGCAAUCUACCACCGGAAUCUACUGCUGCUGCUGCUGCUAAAAUACUCCUCGGAGCACGUGGGGGAUGGUCCCCCCCUCCAUCCCCAGGCAGCCUUGAGACAUUUCCCAGGAUCUCCAGAGGGGGAAACUCCAGCGCUUCUGUUUUGCCGAGGACCGUUGCUGCGUCCCACACCUGCGGGAGGGGUGGGCUGGUGUGACCCAGAGACAGGCCAGCCAGGAAGGCUCUUCUCUCCAGCGUGACUGGUUGCGUUGAAGCCGCACCGCGGUGGACUCGACUCUCCCAUAUUCCGAUUGUGACAGGAUCUCUCCGUGGGUUGAACAUUGGAAAUAAAGCAAGCCGACACGCAA